AUGCCGAAAAACAAAACCGAGGCGAAGGCGAAGCUCGCCGCCGCCAAGCGGGAGGCGCAGGAGCGGAAGGCUCGCAAAAAGCUGCUCAAGGGCACCAAGGAGAAGGACAUCAGCCAGAUUAUCAAGCGGUUCCGCUACAGCCACGACACGGCGGACAAGGGCAAACUGGUCGACGUCGAAGGUGUGCGACCCGGCCCGCGGGCCAGUGCCACGUUCACUCCGAUGCAAAACGAUAUCGCAAUUCUCUUCGGUGGCGAGUUCUACGACGGGAUCCAGGUGGAGGUCUACAACGACACCUUUUUCUACAAUGCGUCGAAGCACGAGUGGCGGAUGCUGCAGACGACGGCCAAGCCGCCCCCGAGGUGCUCCCACCAGGCGACUGUGUUCAACAACUACCUCUACAUCUUCGGCGGGGAGUACACCACGCUGGACCAGUUCCACCACUUCAACGACAUGCACCGGCUGUGCCUCAAAACCCUGAAGUGGGAGCCCGUGGAGGUCACCGGGACCGUGCCUGCGCCCAGGAGCGGCCACAGGAUGGUCACCUGGAACGGGUACUGGGUGCUCUUCGGCGGGUUCCACGACACCACCAGGGAGGCCACCUACUACAACGACCUGUACCUCUUCUCUUUCAAGACCUCCGAGUGGAAGCGCGUGUGCCAGCAGAGGUACUCUGGUGCCAUCCCGGAGCCCAGGGCGGCCUGCCUUAUGCUGGCGCCUAGGAAUUCCAACAAGGUCCUGGUCUUCGGCGGGUUCACCAAGACGAAGGACACCGCCAAGAACGUCGCCGGGAAGUACCACCAGGAUUCGUGGCUCAUCAACAUGGACCUGGCGCUCCAGGGGGACGCACUGGUGUGGGAGAAGAUCAGCACCAAGGGCAAGCCCACGUACUCCAUUGGCUUCGGAGUGGCGAACCACCAAAAUGUCGGUCUGGUGGUCGGCGGAGUGUCCGACACGGACUCCGGGGGCACCUCGCUGAAGUCGGUUUUCUACAACAGCGUGUACACGCUGAACGUCGACCAGAAGAGGUGGUACCCGCUCACCGCGGGUGACAAUGCCUCGAAUCCGGACAAGCCCGACGCCGAGGCCACGCUGGAAGAAAAAAUGAGCAGCGUGUCGCUGGCAGCUAACCCGCCGCCAAGGAUGAACCCGCAUGCCGUGGUGUGCGGGAACACGCUGUACGUGUACGGCGGCAUCGUCGAGCAGGGAUCGGUGGAGGUGACCAUGAGUGACAUGUGGGUGCUGGACCUCGGCAAAAGGGACGGCUGGAGGUGCAUCGACCCCGGGUUCAACUUCAGUGAGGUGUACAAGGGCGAGAUGGAUAUGCAGGAGGACUCGUCCUCGGACGAGGAGCCAAGCAACUCGGCGGAAGAUGACGACGAUGAGGAGGAGGACGGCGACGAGGAAGAUGACAGCGAUGAUGAGGAGAUGCUUACGGACGAAGACGGCAGCGAUCAGGACGCCGACAACGCAUAG